AUGGCAUCUAGGAAGGUCUGCUAUCAGUAUGCAAACAACGGUAUCUGUCGAUUCAAGAAUUGUCAGUACGACCCAUGCGCGAGCCGCUCCAGAAACAACGGCGGAAAAGGAGCUACAAAGCGGAAAACGCAUCGUUUCGCUGUCAAGAAUAAUAGUCGGUUGGAUUUCUGGACAAAAAAAGCAUUCGAGGGUAAAUACAGGCCACCCUUAGGCCAGGAGCUUGGGCCCUUCUUCGAACAGGGCAGAAGCCUUAUCGAAGCCAGUGACGGGACCCUUCAAGAAGUCAUCCAAUGUCUUUCGUCAAGCGGCGGCCUGAAGAGGAUUCAAGAGCUCGUCGAACGGGACUAUUCGGAAAUAUCAGACAUCAGCAAACGCGAAUUAUUUGAAAGCCAGACAUUACCGUUCAUCAAGCUAGUUACCCAUCGCAAUGUGCUCGCAUCACUGGUUGUGGAGCAGAAUGUGGUUGCUAUAUACAACUGUAUCUGGGGGCCAAUGGGCCGCAGAGGGGAGCCCUUCCUCCAUUUUCUUGCGGAUAUCGUCCAGCACAAAGUAGAGAAUUACACGAAAUCCGCUGCUUCCUAUUUGGAAAUCUUGGACCCGGAAGGACAGCUAGAAAACUCACGAGCUCACCUCGAACGGCUCCAGCGCCGUCUUGACAUCGGAAAGUCCUUGCCGACAUUAUUUCGAAGCUCAAAGCUGGCUUCGGCCAACCAAUCUCCAGCGACAUUUACCAUCACAAGAGCUCCCCCUGGUGGUCGGCACGACAAUGAUCACGCCGAUAUCUGCCAAAUCCAAAUCAUGCCCACCUACCAGGAAAUCUUGUCAUCACAAUCAGAGUAUCUCCCUCUGAAGGACCCAGCACAGUGGCACAUUGGCGGUCUCGCUGGACUUCUGGAUAGGAAUUCCCGGCUGCUGAGAGAAGACACAGUUGGCCAGCUGAGGGACGUCAUCCAUGCAGAGCUAAGGUCGGGCUCCAAGGGUUCACAGAAAAGUCCGCUAAGGGGCAAUGUGUAUAAACAGGUCAAAUUAGAAGGACUCAAAUUCGAUCGAUUUGCGGGGCUGCAAUUCCGGGUCCAAUUCGCACAGCCUUCAAAUGUCCAGGCGAUAAAAAAGGAUUGCAAAAAGGAAUGGUGGGAAUUAUCGAAAAGACUUCAGCCGAGUGCUCUUGUGUGCCUGAUCGAUUCUCGAGGAUUUGCCAUAUUCUGCACAGUAGCAGACAAUCUCAAGUGUUCAAAAGUUAAAAACAACUAUGAACCGAAUGUGCGGCUGAAAUCGACGGCGUCACUCUGGGAGAAUGCCAAAACGGCGUCGGUAAACCUGGAGUUGGUCGAACAGACUGGGACGAACUGGCAGUAUAUCUUGGACUGUCACUCAGCGGUGAAGAACGGCCCAUCCAUUUCCCUGAUGGAAUUUACCGGGAUUCUCUUGCCAUCUUUUCAGCCGACCUUACUCGCCCUCCAGAAAAUGCAGAAGGCUGCUGACCUUCCCAUGUCGGAGUUCCUUGUCCCCCUCGGCGCGGGCUCCUCAGGCGGUGUGGUUGAUGUUGCCCCUCCGGCCUACGCAACAGCGGCAAGCUUCAGCUUUGACCUACAUGUACCCGCGCCGUCCCUGGAUCCUUUCCUUCUCUAG